AUGGUUGGACUGGAUGCUGAGUUGAACAGGGAUGACGAAUGCGAUAAUGUCGGCUUAAGUUGUGCUUUAGAGCACUUUUCAGAGGUGGAGGAUGUGAUGAAUAUAAUUGAUAAUCUGAAAAAUAUCUACAACUCACCAAAAUCAGAAGUGGAGUAUGAUAGAUUGUAUAACAUAUUAAAGCAAUAUUAUGAACAACCACACCUUCUUGAUCCUUAUUUGGAUAAGAUUUUGGCUAAGUUUCUUGCUUUAAUUAAGGAUAAGGAAUCUCCUUGUGAAUUAAAACAUGCGACAUUCAAUUACAUGUAUCAAAUUAUCAGAGUCAGAGGAUAUAAAGUUGUUGUAAGACAUUUGCCUCAUGAGGUAUCGGAUCUUCUUACUGUUUUAACAUUCCUUGAAGCCCAAGAUCCAAAUGACAAAGAGACUUGGCGUAGCAGAUUCGUAUUGCUACUUUGGCUUUCAAUUGUUGUCAUUAUACCUUUUCAUAUGAGCAGAUUAGAUGGAUUUGCUCCAGAUCAACCAGGAGCAGCUGGUUCGUCUAAGAAACUUACUGUGAUGGAAAGAAUCUUAAACAUUUGUAAAUUAUAUGCAUGUAGCAAAGAUUCAUGCGCUGAAGCAAGUGCAUAUUUAGCUUCUAAAUUUCUUAUAAGGUCAGAUGUUAAGGAAGUGUAUAUGGGUGCAUUUUUUGACUGGGCUUGUGCUUUACAUUCCAAUUUGAAAGAGGAAGACACUAUAUAUUAUGGUGUGCUAGCUGCUGUGGCUGCAGUGCUAAAGCAUGGGAAGAGAAAUGACUUGCUGCCAUAUGCACCUAAGUUGUUAAAGUGGGUUACAGAUCAAAACUACAAACAGCAUUCAGCCAUGCUGGUGAGGAAGUAUGGAGUUAAAAUUGUGCAAAGAAUAGGGUUAACAUUUCUACGGCCACGUGUAGCAUCAUGGCGUUAUACGCGAGGUUCUAGAUCGCUUGCAGUUACACUGGGAGGAGUUGCAGCAGCUGGUGAUACUGAACCCAUGACUUCUCCGCCUGAUGAUGAUGAUGAGGAUAUACCGCAAGAAGUGGAGGAUGUGGUGGAAUUAUUACUUUGUUCAUUGAGAGAUGACGAUACAGUGGUACGUUGGUCGGCUGCUAAGGGCGUGGGUAGAAUAGGCGCUCGUCUACCCGCACUAGCGGCAGCUGACGUGUGCGAAAUUGUUCUUACACUGUUUGCUGAAAACGAACGAGAUACAGCUUGGCAUGGUGGCUGUAUGGCGUUGGCUGAAUUAGCGCGGCGCGGGCUGCUGUCUCCACGGCAGCUGGGCGCGGCGGCGCGUUGCGUUGUGCGUGCGCUAGCGCGGGACGAGGCGCGCGCGGGUGGAGCGGGCGGGCGCGCGGCGCGUGACUCAGCCUGCCACGCAGCCUGGGCCUUCGCGCGCGCCUACGACGCGCACGCUCUCGCGCCGCACGCGCUCACGCUCGCCAACGCGCUCGCUGCCACCGCCUGCUUCGACCGCGAGAUAAAUUGUCGUCGCGCUGCUUCGGCGGCUUAUCAAGAGAAUGUCGGCCGUCACGGAAUGUUCCCGCAUGGAAUCGACGUUCUUACGACAGCCGACUUCCAGUCCGUUGGUCCACGGACCAAUGCGUACCUUGUCGUUGCCCCCCAAAUUGCAUCGUACCCGGAGUACACGCAGCCCCUUAUUGACCACAUCGUCGAUUUGAAAAUAGAACAUUGGGACUACGCGAUACGUGAACUGGCAGCUAAAGCCCUCAAUAAACUAACCGAUAAGAUUCCUGAAUACGUGGCGACAGUAGUGCUACCAAAAUUGAUAGCAAAAACUGAAUCCAUUGAUUUGAACGUACGGCACGGCGCUAUUCUUGGGAUCGGAGAAGCUAUUUUAGCUCUAUCGCAGGCAAAAUUAGCUGAUGGCAGAAAGGCAGGCAGUGCAAUAUCGGAGGAGGUAUGGCGAGCAGUGCGCGAGCUGGUGGGCAGACUGCGCGCGCGGCAGCAGUUUCGCGGUCUGGGUGGAGAGCUCAUGCGCCAGGCGUGCUGUCGCUGCGUCGCACUACUGUCGCGCGCCGCCGCGCCGCUGCACGCGCACCCGCACGUCAUCGGUACGUAA